AUGCCAAUGGUUUCCAAAGGCACCCUAGAAAUAUGGCAAAAUUCUGAAAAACAUGCAGAUCAAUCAAUUUCACAUAGAAAAAUCAUAAGAAGGUGGAAUCAGCUGUCAAGGUUGCAAAGGUCUCUAGUGUAUGCUGUGGUAAUUGUAGUUUUGACAUUAAUUGUACUCUUUUGUACUUCAAGGACAUCACUCUCAGACGAAAAUAAGCCAAAAGAAAAUAUAGAACAUGAUAUAGUUAAGAAUUCAUCUCUAGUCAGUGAACAGGUGGUUAUUCCGGAACAGGUCAAGAAAGUGGUAUAUGAGAGCGAGACAAAUGAAAGGCCCAUUUUCACUGGUCCAGGCAACGCACGACAGUUCGCAGUGGUACAGUCAUUCAAACACGCAUGGAAAGGUUAUAAGGAACAUGCAUGGGGUCAUGAUAACCUGAAACCAGUGUCUGGAAUGCCAUACGAUUGGUUCUCCCUAGGACUUACCAUUGUCGAUAGUUUGGACACGGCAUACAUUAUGGGGCUGCUCGAAGAGUUCGAAGAAGGGAGAGAGUGGAUAAAGAAUGAACUAAUUUUCUCUAAGAAUAAAGAUGUGAAUUUCUUCGAGGUCACCAUAAGAGUCCUUGGAGCUUUGCUAACAAACUAUCAUUUCACACAAGACCCUAUGUUUUUGGAUAAAGCGAAAGAUCUCGGGGAACGUUUAAUGGCUGCGUUCUCAUCGCCCUCGGGUAUACCCUACUCGGAUGUGAACCUGGGUACUCGGACCGCGCACGCGCCGGAGUGGUCCCACUACAGCACAACCGCAGAGGUGACGACUGUUCAGCUCGAGUUCAGGGAACUGUCUCGUGCAAGCAACAACCCGGUGUUUGAGGACGCGGCAGCAUCAGUGUCAGAGAAGAUACACCAAUUGCCGAAGAAACAUGGUCUUGUACCGAUAUUCAUAAAUCCCAAUACCGGACACUUCUUACCCCACGCAACUAUAACUCUAGGCGCUAGAGGCGACAGCUAUUAUGAAUAUCUUCUCAAACAAUGGUUGCAGACCGGCAAAACUAUUAAUUAUUUAGUGGACGACUAUAUGACAGCUAUUGAAGGAGUGAGGGAGUACUUGGCGAAACAUUCCUCUCCCAAUAAUCGGUUAUUCAUUGGCGAAUUAGCAUCAGGUUCGGAGUCGUUUAAUCCCAAAAUGGACCAUCUGACAUGUUUCUUGCCGGGUACGUUAGCUUUGGGCCAUGCUAAUGGUUUGCCGGACUGGCACAUGUCUAUGGCAGAGGAACUUCUAUACACUUGUUAUUUGACUUAUGCCGCACACCCAACUUUCUUAGCGCCUGAAAUCACACAUUUUAAUAUGGCCAGCGCAACCGAUGAUAUGUACACUAAAUCAGCGGACGCCCACAGCUUACUGCGACCGGAGUUUGUAGAGAGUCUGUGGUACAUGUACCAGAUAACUGGCAACGCGACCUACCAGGAUUGGGGAUGGCAGAUCUUUCAGGGAUUCGAGAAAUAUGCCAAAGUGCCUAACGGCUACACAUCACUUGCCAACGUCAAAACUGAGAAGCCAAUUACAAGAGACAUGAUGGAAUCCUUCUUCCUAUCGGAGACACUUAAGUAUCUAUACUUAUUAUUCAGCGAUGAUCGAUUCGUUAUAGAUCUAAGCAAAUAUGUCAUAAACUCCGAAGCACAUCCAUUGCCAAUACACAAGAAU